UUACGCGCACAGGAGUAAGGACGCCUCCUACCUCAGUCCCUAAGGUCUGGCGAGGUUCCGCCCUGCGCCCCUCGCCGGGCCCGCCCCCUCCCGCCCCCCUCUAUGUCUGGGCUGGGACGCCGCUGCCCCUUUAAGAAGCCCAGGUAGGCAGGCCGGGCUGCAGAAGCCGCUCCUAUGGCAACCCGCGAGCUGCGGCGGCUUCAUGAAUAUUCCGGGGCGCGGGAGCCCAAGCGCUGCCGGAGGGCGCUCCGGGAGAGGCGGCGGCUGAUGUAAGCCCGGCGGGCCGCUGGGCUCCGCUCCGCUGCGGCGGGAGUCCCCAGGACCGGGCCGGCUGAGCUCAGCUAGAGGAGGCAAAGCGAGAACCCGGGUGACCGGCUGCAAAGCCCCGGCGGUCACACGCGCUGACAGCCCCAGACGCCCGCCGGACGCACUCCCGGGAACCGCGCGGGCAGUGCGCUCUGCGCUCGGGAGCGGUUCCCGGAGCGCGGUGGCCGCAGCGCCGCCGCUGCCCGCGCCCAUUGUUCCCCGCGGGGGCGGGGCGCCUGGAGCCGGGCCGCGCGCCGCGCCCCUAAUCGCAGGAGGGAGGGAAGAGAGGGAGGGAGCGUGGGGUCCCCGCGCCCAAGCCGGGCCCGGGAGGAGGUGCAGCGCGGCGAACCCGGGGACCUGCAGCCGGACUAGGAGCCUCCCCUCGGCGCGCAGCCCGCGCGAUCAUGGGCUCGUGAGGCAGCGAAGGACGCGUCCUCACUGGCAGGCGCACCUGGAGCGGGUCCCCCGUGCCGCACCCGCACCGCUGCCCCCGGCCCAGUCCCUGGCACCAUGGACAAGCUGCCGCCGUCCAUGCGCAAGCGGCUCUACAGCCUUCCGCAGCAGGUGGGGGCCAAGGCGUGGAUCAUGGACGAGGAAGAGGAUGGUGAGGAAGAAGGGGCCGGGGGCCGCCAGGACCCGAGCCGAAGGAGCAUCCGGCUGCGGCCGCUGCCCUCGCCUUCGCCCUCGGUGGCUGCUGGCUGCUCGGAGUCCCGGGGUGCGGCCCUCGGGGCGACAGAGAGCGAGGGGCCGGGCCGCAGCGCCGGCAAGUCCAGCACCAACGGUGACUGCAGGCGCUUCCGCGGGAGUCUGGCCUCGCUGGGCAGCCGGGGCGGCGGCAGUGGUGGAGUAGGGGGCGGCAGCAGUCUCGGGCACCUGCAUGACUCCGCGGAGGAACGGCGGCUCAUCGCCGCUGAGGGCGAUGCGUCCCCCGGCGAGGACAGGACGCCCCCGGGCCUGGCGACCGAACCCGAGCGCCCGGGCACCGCGGCACAGCCCGCAGCCUCGCCGCCGCCCCAGCAGCCGCCGCAGCCGGCCUCUGCCUCCUGCGAGCAGCCUUCGGCGGACACCGCUAUCAAAGUGGAGGGAGGCGCGGCCGCCAGCGACCAGAUCCUCCCGGAGGCCGAGGUGCGCCUGGGCCAGAGCGGCUUCAUGCAGCGCCAGUUCGGUGCCAUGCUGCAACCUGGGGUCAACAAAUUCUCCCUAAGGAUGUUCGGCAGCCAGAAAGCGGUGGAGCGCGAGCAGGAGAGGGUUAAGUCAGCAGGGUUUUGGAUUAUCCACCCCUACAGUGACUUCAGAUUUUACUGGGACCUGACGAUGCUGCUGCUGAUGGUGGGGAAUCUGAUCAUCAUACCCGUGGGCAUCACCUUCUUCAAGGAUGAGAACACCACGCCCUGGAUCGUCUUCAACGUGGUGUCAGACACAUUCUUCCUCAUUGACUUGGUCCUCAACUUCCGCACGGGGAUCGUGGUGGAGGACAACACAGAAAUCAUCCUUGACCCGCAGCGGAUAAAGAUGAAGUACCUGAAAAGCUGGUUUGUGGUGGAUUUCAUCUCCUCCAUCCCCGUCGACUACAUCUUCCUUAUAGUGGAGACUCGCAUUGACUCAGAGGUCUAUAAAACCGCCAGGGCUCUGCGCAUCGUCCGCUUCACUAAGAUCCUCAGCCUCCUGCGCCUCCUGCGGCUCUCCCGCCUCAUUCGAUACAUUCAUCAGUGGGAAGAGAUCUUCCACAUGACCUAUGACCUGGCCAGCGCCGUGGUACGCAUCGUGAACCUCAUUGGCAUGAUGCUCCUGCUAUGUCACUGGGAUGGCUGCCUACAGUUCCUGGUACCCAUGCUGCAGGACUUCCCCCAUGACUGCUGGGUGUCCAUCAAUGGCAUGGUGAAUAACUCCUGGGGGAAGCAGUAUUCCUACGCCCUCUUCAAGGCCAUGAGCCACAUGCUAUGCAUUGGGUAUGGUCGGCAGGCACCCGUAGGCAUGUCUGACGUCUGGCUCACCAUGCUCAGCAUGAUCGUGGGGGCCACCUGCUAUGCCAUGUUCAUCGGCCAUGCCACCGCCCUCAUCCAGUCGCUAGACUCCUCCCGGCGCCAGUACCAGGAGAAGUAUAAACAGGUGGAGCAGUAUAUGUCCUUCCACAAGCUCCCACCUGACACCCGGCAGCGCAUCCAUGACUACUAUGAACACCGCUACCAGGGCAAGAUGUUUGACGAGGAAAGCAUCCUGGGUGAGCUGAGUGAGCCACUUCGAGAGGAGAUCAUCAACUUUAACUGCCGAAAGCUGGUGGCAUCCAUGCCACUGUUUGCCAACGCAGAUCCCAACUUUGUGACGUCCAUGCUGACCAAGUUGCGUUUCGAGGUCUUCCAGCCUGGGGAUUACAUCAUCCGCGAAGGCACCAUCGGCAAGAAGAUGUACUUUAUCCAGCACGGCGUGGUCAGUGUGCUCACGAAGGGCAACAAGGAGACCAAGCUGGCUGAUGGCUCCUAUUUUGGAGAGAUCUGCUUGCUGACCCGGGGCCGGCGCACAGCCAGCGUGAGAGCGGAUACUUACUGCCGCCUCUACUCACUGAGUGUGGACAACUUCAAUGAGGUGCUGGAGGAGUAUCCCAUGAUGCGGAGGGCCUUUGAGACGGUUGCGUUGGACCGCCUGGACCGCAUAGGCAAGAAGAACUCCAUCCUCCUCCACAAGGUGCAGCACGACCUCAACUCAGGCGUCUUCAACUACCAGGAGAACGAGAUCAUCCAGCAGAUCGUGCGGCAUGACCGUGAGAUGGCCCACUGUGCUCACCGAGUCCAGGCUGCCGCCUCAGCCACCCCAACCCCCACGCCUGUUAUAUGGACCCCACUGAUCCAGGCGCCACUGCAGGCUGCUGCUGCUACUACUUCGGUGGCCAUAGCCCUCACACACCACCCCCGCCUGCCCGCCGCCAUCUUCCGGCCCCCUCCCGGACCUGGGCUGGGCAAUCUUGGGGCUGGACAGACACCGAGGCACCCAAGGAGGCUGCAGUCCUUGAUCCCUUCAGCUCUGGGCUCUGCUUCACCAGCCAGCAGCCCCUCACAGGUGGACACACCGUCUUCAUCCUCCUUCCACAUCCAACAGCUGGCUGGAUUCUCUGCACCUCCUGGAUUGAGCCCUCUCCUGCCCUCCUCUAGCUCUUCCCCACCUCCAGGAGCCUGCGGUUCCCCAUCAGCCCCCACACCCUCCACCUCCACUGCCGCUGCCACCACUGGGUUCGGCCACUUUCACAAGGCGCUGGGUGGCUCCCUGUCAUCCUCUGACUCCCCGCUGCUCACCCCACUGCAACCAGGCGCUCGCUCUCCACAGGCUGCCCAGCCGCCACCCCCACUGCCUGGGGCCCGAGGAGGCUUGGGACUCCUGGAGCACUUCUUGCCGCCCCCACCCUCCUCCAGGUCACCAUCAUCCAGCCCUGGGCAGCUGGGCCAGCCUCCUGGAGAGUUGUCCCUAGGUCUGGCAGCCCGUCCACCAAGUACACCAGAGACACCCCCACGGCCUGAACGGCCAUCCUUCAUGGCAGGGGCCUCUGGAGGGGCUUCUCCUGUAGCCUUUACCCCCCGAGGAGGCCUCAGCCCUCCGGGCCACAGCCCGGGGCCCCCAAGAACUUUCCCGAGUGCCCCACCCCGGGCCUCUGGCUCCCAUGGCUCCCUGCUCCUGCCACCUGCAUCCAGCCCUCCGCCUCCCCAGGUUCCACAGCGCAGGGGCACACCACCCCUCACCCCCGGCCGCCUCACACAGGACCUGAAGCUCAUCUCAGCCUCUCAGCCAGCCCUCCCCCAGGAUGGAGCACAGACUCUCCGCAGGGCCUCGCCUCACUCCUCAGGGGAGUCGGUGGCUGCCUUCUCACUCUACCCCAGAGCUGGGGGUGGCAGUGGGAGUAGUGGGGGCCUUGGGCCUCCUGGAAGGCCAUAUGGUGCCAUCCCAGGCCAGCAUGUCACUUUGCCUCGGAAGACAUCCUCAGGUUCUUUGCCACCCCCACUUUCUUUGUUUGGGGCAAGAGCCGCCUCUUCUGGAGGGCCCCCUCUGACUGCUGCACCCCAGAGGGAACCUGGCACUAGGUCUGAGCCAGUACGCUCCAAACUGCCAUCUAAUUUAUGAGCUGGGCCCUCCCUCCCUCCCUCUUUUUCUUGCUCCUUUCUUCCUUCAGGUUUAACUGUGAUUAGGAGAUAUACCAACAACAAUAAUAACCAUAAAAAAAAAACAUACCCCAGAAAAACAAAAAGACAGCAGAAAAUAACCAGGUAUUCUUAGAGCUAUAGAUUUUUGGUCACUUGCUUUUAUAGACUAUUUUAAUACUCAGCACUAGAGGGAGAGAGGGAGGGAGGGAGGGAGGGGAGAGCAGACAAGGCCCAAAGGCAACAGCCAAAGGAAGGCAGGCAGGGUCUCUGGGGACAGGGCAGGGGUGGGGUGACCUGAGUUUGGGUCCUAGCACAGACCUGUCAUUGUAUUGUCCUGUAGAGCAAGAGCUACCUACCAUCAAUCAGUUCCUUGGCUGUGAACUUGGAGCCCACUCUGCUGGGGGCUGCCCUGGAGUGUGUUCCCAGGAGCCUCCUGCGCCUGAGUCCCUUGGGGCACAAAGGGCCCUUGAGGGCCUUGCUUUUUUUUUUUUUUUUUUUAACUGUAAACGUAGCAAGAUAUGUAUAUGAAUAUGUAUAUGUAUGUAAGAUGUGUCUAUGUAUAGCUAUGUAGUGCUCUGUAGAGCCGUGUAGAUAUCAGCUUACAUGUGUGCACAUGUGUGCGCAGUCUAGUUUAAUCCCAUGUUGCCAGGACACCCAGGUCACCUUACAUCCAGCAAUCUGCUGUGGCCCGCAGGCUGGGCACUGCAGGCUCUGGGGGAAGUUCUCUCUCCCAGCUCUCAGGGAAGGGGACCCCUGGAACCUUGCAGCAGACCCUCUUUCCCCAUCUCUGGGCUGCAACCCAGUUCUAGCCCAACCUCUAGUCCCAUGGAAGGGGAAGACUCCAGGCAGAGCCUUUCACCUCCCAGGGCUUCAAGCACACCUGUCGCCUCUGUGGCCCGAAGUUUCUCCAGCUGUACAAUGGGAAGGAAGGGGAAUGCCUAUUUAUUGAGUCUGUUCUGUGCCAAGCACUGGUUAUACAUAACCACAGACUGGGAGGUGGAGAUUAUCGUUUCUCCCAUUUCACAGGUGAGGAAACUGAGGGCUGAUUAGAAUCACAUAACCAGGAGUGGCAGAGCUGGUCUGGUCUGAGCUGCAGAUCAACCUCCCUAAGGCUAAAAGCCUGUAUUCCUCCCAUCAGAAAACAGUGUUUGGUAGAGCCCUAGCUUUUGGUCCCUAGGCAAAGUGCAGGAGGAAGAGAUGGGAGCUUGGUGACAGUCGGGCUUCAGUUCAAAUCUCAGCUCUGCCACUUCUUAGCUGUGUGGCCUUGGGCAAGUUAUCUGACCUUUCUGUUCCCUCAUUAGUAAAAUAAGAACUAUGGAACUGCCUCACAAUGACCAGUGAGAACCAGAUAAGAAAAAGAUGUGAAACGUCCAGCCCAGUGCCUGGCACACAGCAUAGUAGGUGCUCAAUAAAUCAUGUUUCUUCGCCCCCCUUCUCAUAAACUUAGCCCAUUGCUCCAGUGAGAGCCCAGGGGACUUUAGCUGAGGGCUCCAAGACUUAAAACUCUCAGGACUCAGGAGGUGGCUGGGCCUCCAUCAUGGCUGGAGGAAGGUGCGUGGCCAGUGGUGGGCUUGAGUCGGGCCUUGGGAUAUGGGAAGUGUGGGUAAAGAAAGGAAUUAGAGAGGAGAGAUUGCAUAGGAGAGGUUACCGCAGUGAUGUUGAGAUGUGGGGCUGGGCCUCUGGGGGAGACAGAGGAUGGGGACCAGAGGAGGACCUCGGAUGAGAGGCUAAGCUGAUCUGUGGCUUUGACCCUGAACUAGAAGCAGAUGUCAGGACCCUGGUGGAGGCACAGCCAGCGGCUUCCCUAUCCAUGGGUCGGAGCAGGUAGGACUCUGAUGCCCGUGCAGGAAGGGGGGCUGGUUCUACCAUGCCUGUCGUCCCCAUGCACCAGCCGGAAGGGUGGCAUGAGCAGGUUUGGCCCUGGGGUGCCACAGGGAAUCCUUUGUGGAUGGCUUGCAGGGAGAGAAAGGGUGAAGGCCCUGGUGCCCUAGAAAAUCUGCAGGAGCCCUAGAUUAUACAGGGGUGGGAGAAGGCUCCCAGACUCAGUCUUCAUUCAGGCCUGUGUUCUGUCCCCAAGGAAGGGAGCUUAGGGAGCCAGCUGGACUCCACCGAACCUGUAGCCCAUCCUAGAGAUAUAGGAGAGGAGCUGGGGGUCUGGGUAUAAAGAGUGAGGAGUCCCUUGUCACCAGGCCUGGCCUAGCCACCCUUCUCUAUGAUACAUGCAUUUUAUAAACACGGACACACUGGCAAACUCCUUGGUGACUAUGGAGAGGCCAGGUCCAGUCCACAGGACCUUCCACCCCACAACCUCUACAAGCAAUUUUCAAAUCUUCCACUUUUAAAACAGAAAAACGGUCAAACACGCCGUCUUGUAUAUUUUAUUUAAAUAAAAAAAAUUACAGCAAAUGCUGCCUUAUUUGGGGGUCAGAGAUGGAGUGGUGAGGUUCACAGGGAAACCUGGAGCCUCCAGUGAGGAUGUGGGGGUGGGAGUGGGACACUGCCACUUGAGCAGCUGUGAACACAUGUGCAUGAGCCUUACCCUCCCCCCAGAAGCAUGGAGUUGAGUUAUAUGCAGACCUGUGCAUGGGAGCAUCCAACCUGCGGGGGUGAGAUGGUGUAUCCCCAGUGUCGUGUGAAGGUGGAAGGACCCUGAUGCAGGCCCUCCUCCCUGCCUCUGUCACAGCUCCAUAGUCCUCGGAGGAGGAGGAGGAGGAGGAGGAGGCCGCCAGUACAUGACACAUGAGCUCCAACCAGCUAGAUGCUGAGCAGGCGACACACCCUCUUGCUGUAGACAGGCCCUCGGGAGAGGACGAUUAUCUGGGGGCAGGAGGUGAGCAGUUGAGAGGAGAGCAUCACAGGCACCAGUGGAUGGAGGACAGAUGUGGGGCUCUAGCAGUCCAAGGUCAGGCCUGGCACUAGGAGGUGGUGUGGCACUAACUUCUCCCUUACACUCUUACCUAACCUUUGGCUGUAGAGGGCUUUCACAGGCCCUUGGACCUUGCUAGUUAGGGCAGGUGUCUGGGGUUGGAACAGCAGUCUUCAGCUUCCUGGCUGGUGGGGGAAUACCAUCCUGCCUGUGUAAAGAGGGGGAUUGCCUCUGGAAAGAGUGGGGAACCUGGCCAGUUGUUCCCCAUCACUGCUUGCCUAGGCUGUUUCCGUGGUGACAGGCCUAGGAGUCCUGUUGCUAAGCAGACAGCUUGGCAUGCCCAGCGUCCCCAUGACAACUGCCCCCUGUGGCCAGGUGGCAGAGCUUCCUUGGGGACCCCACUGACAUGACAUAGACGGGGCUAAACUCAGCUGCUGUGGGGUGGGGGGCAGCCUAGGCUGGACCACAGUGGCUUCUGGUGGAGGGGGCCUCUGGGCCCCGGGGGAAGCCUUUGUAGGUGGGUUAGGGUGAGGUGGAAUUAGAGGCAGGUCUCAAACUGACGUGAGUGGCUACACCAGCUGUUUUGUUCCUAGACCUCACAGGGGCAGGUAGUAAGUGCCUACUGUAAGCUAGGCCCUGGGUGCUUUCCACCAACUCUAAAGUCAAAAGCCUCAAUGACAGUGAGUCACAGGAAAGGUGCGAGGGUCAGAGCUGGUGCUCACUGGAUGCUCAUCAGCCAGAGUGGAGGGAGCUGGAUCAUACUCAGCAGGAGACAGAGGCCUUGCCCCUGUGUGCAGGGCAAACAGAGGCAGGGUGGAACAAUGAUAACAUUGAGUGAUGGUCUGCAUAGAACUGAAGACCCACAGUGAAAAUGGCGGUUGGUUUAUUUUCCUUACCAUUGACUAACAAUUUUAAAGAGUCAGUGGUGAAAUAUUCCCCACUCCCCAAAUCUGAAAACAUCACCUCCCCGUCAAGCUUCAGCCCCAUGGGACAGCUCUUGUUCUUCUGGCAAUCAGAAAGGUGAGACGGCCUCAGUGGCACUAGAUGGGAAAAUUCAAAUGUGUGUGUGUGUGUGUGUGUGUGUGUAUGUGUCUGGGGAGCAAACCUAGGGCCAGGCAAGUGCUGUACCAUUCUGAGCUACAUCCUCUGCAUUGUUUCUUGAGACGGGUCUUGCUAAAUUACUCAGGCUGGCCUUGAGUUCAGUCUGUAGCCCAGGCAAGCUUUGACAUCCAGAUCCUCUUGCAUUAGCCUCCUCUUGAAUAGUUGAGGUCAUAGGUCUGCACCAGGCCAUUCCAAAGAAAAUUUGAAGGACUUAGAGAAUGCUCCCUGGAGACUGUGUUCAUCCUGAGAGCUAUACAUUGCUGUCUUCAGCAGAAUGUCCUAAGGGCAGUCUCAACAUUCUGGCCUCACUUCUUACCCUGGAAGUCACUUCCUCCCUAGCAAUGUGGCUUCUAGUUCUCCUUCCCGGAAAAGGCUCUGAGCCAGUCCUCUAGGUCCACACUGGAGAAACCAGGACUGAUGUCCAUGCCUGGUCUUGUUCUCCUCAGUCUCAGACCCCAUUGGUCAGGUUCUCCCCAGAGUUGGGGUCCCCACUAUCCCUACUUAACCUAGACUCAGCUGUAAGAGUUCCUCUUCUCCCCAAAGGUUGGUGCUGAUGGGCCUCUGGUCUUGGCCUCCUCUCUCAUCACUCCAUGUGCCCUUCCAGGGCGACCUCACCAUACCCAGGGCUUUCCCCCUUUGUAGACAAAAGCCUCACACACUUUCUCUCAACCCAGGAUCCCCAUUCCCUCAGCCUUGGCUGGGGCUUCAUCCUCUUCUGAUGGACUAGGCUCUUUUACUCUGCUGCUUUCAGCUCCCAGUGAGGCGCUGAGCAUUCUCCUGCUGACCUCUGCCCCUGCUGACCUCAAUUCUCUAAUUCUCUUUCUCUUGAAGGUGGAAUAUUUCAGAUAGGCAGAAGACACAUUCCAUAUGAAGAUAUUAACAACACUAGCCUCUUACCCCUCGUUUAAGAAACAGAACAUAAAGAGCGCCUUUGAAGGCAUCCUCUCUGAGGCCGUCUGUGACAUGCUUCUCCAGGCAGAAUCACUUAUCUGAGGGCUAACAUCCACUCCCUUUUACAGAAAUAAGGUCUCUGCAUAAUGUAUUUGGUUGUGUAUCAAGGGUGAGGAGUUGAAUUAGAAGUAGCUGCUUGGAGGGGUGAAGGAUUUUGUUAUCAAUAUUGCUCAGAAUGUCUGUAUAUGAAACAAGUCUGUGUGUUUGUUAGUUUUAAAUUUCUCUACAAUAAGGGUCUAUAGGUUUGAGGAUAUCACUCAGUUGGCAGAGUACUUCCCUAUAAUGUAUAAAUCUCUGGAUUCCAGCCCCAGCACUGCAUAAGACCAGGCAUGGUGGCACAUGACUGUAACCCCAGUUCUCAGGAGGUGGAGGCCGAGGGGCCGGGGGGGGGUGUCAAAGGCAGCCAUAUAACCAGCUUGAGGCCAGCCUGGACAGUGUAAGCCCUGUUACAGCAACAAGAAGUGUCUUUUUAUUACCUGGGGUGGGGUGGGCCACACUCCUCUAAGCUCAGUAGUUCACUGAACAGAUUCUGGGUUUUAAAACAUGCACAUGCUGUUGUGUUGUACAUUUGACAUUAUCACUGUGGGGUGCUGUGGUCUCUUCUUUGUCUCACCUGUGUAGGACUCCAGUCUGGAGAUGGGAAAGGCAAGUCAGGUUCUCACACUUGCAAACACCAUUGUUCCAAAAGCUCCCAGUUGCGAGAUUCCUGCUGAACUGUCUCUAGGCUCCAUAUCCAGUAGUGGAGCAGUUACUGGCAAAUUAAUCUUCUUUUUAUGAGAUAAUGCCAACUUGUUUAAGUAGUUUAAACAGCUUACACUCCCACCUGCAGGGUAUGAGUUACUCUUGCUCUACAUUCUUGCCAAUAACGUGGGGGUUCAUCAGGCUUUCUCCUCUCCCCAGCCUAGUGCUAUUAAUUGUGUUUUAAUGAGCAAAUCUCUAAUUACUAGUAAGACUGGGUCUCUGUUCAUAUACUAAUUUGCCAUAUACUUUGUUCAGAUACUAAUUUGUGUUUUUACUUCUGAGAAAUAUGAGUUUAUGGGUUUUGUUCCAUUUUCUAUUGUCAUUUGUCUUUUCAUUGAUUUGUAGGACUUUUACACAUACUAGGAAAACACAAUAAAUUCUUUAUUAACUAUGUGUCACAAAUAUCCUCUUCCUAUGUGUGACUGGUAUCAUGCUCUCUCUCCCUCCUUUCCCCUCCAUCUCCUUUUCUUCCCUCCUCCUUCCCUCCCCCUACCCUUAUCUGUUUUGAUAAGCAUAUGUUUUCUAUAUUAAAAUGAAGUUUACAUUUGUCAAUAUAAAUAUUCCAAAUUCUAGAAAUUUCCUUAGUGCCUUCUUUGCCUAAGGCACCUCUCACACUCUGAUCUUAUGUUCUUCAGUCACUUUCUUUCAUACUCCAUUGCCAUAGGGCCACAACGUAACUACAAAAAGAGGUUGUAUAUGUAGACUAGGGACCUGGAAUACAUGCCAGUUGUCAGUUUCUAUCUGUUGUGGUGAUGAAAUAAUCAAAUAAAAGCAACAUCAGGGAGGAAGGGCUUGUUUGCCUCACAUUUCCGGGUUACAGUCCAUUACUACAGGGAAGUCAAGGCAGGAACUUGAAGUCAAGUGUCACACCCACAGUCAAGAGCAGAGAGAGGACACAUGGAUCCUGACUUACUGCGUAAUCCCAGCUUGUUUUCUCCUUUUAUACUGCUCAGGACUCCCUGCUCAGGGAACAGCCCCACCCAUGAUGCCCUGCAUCUUCCAACACUAGUUAACAGUUAAGGCAAUCUCCCAAGGACAUGAGCACAGAACAACCAGAUCUGUGUAAUUUUCCAUUACGAUUCUUCCCAGGUGAUUCUGGUUGCCUGUGUCAAGUUGAUAGUUAACACUCACUAGCACACCAGCUUUGAACCUCUUGGCCAGUUCUUUUAAUAUGGUUUUAUUACGGUCUUCAUCGGGUUUUACAGUUCAUUGGAUUUGUUUCUAGCUUCUCAUGGUUUUGUUACUAUUGCUAGCUUUAUUGAUGCUUCCUAUUGAGGUGUAAUUCAUAUGCAGCAAAAUUCAUCAAUUUUAAGUGUGGAGUCAAUGAGGUCUUACAACCACCUCAACAAUUAGAGUCAGAACAUUUCCCUGACCCCCUCCUUCAGUUUCUUCAUCUUACUUGAUUCCCAGCUGCCUGGUAUUGUAGCCCUCACGUUUCGCUGCUUCUGAGAUUUCAUGUAAGUGGACUCAGAAGCACUUAGUCCACAGCUGCCUGAUGCCCUUCCUUUAGCCCAGUGCUUUUGAGCUCUGCCCAUGGGAUGCUGUGCUGAGUUCCCUUGUAUGGCUUGGUCAGGAUUUGUUUAUUCAACCAUUGAUGAAUAAACAACUGGGCUGUUUUCAUUGUUGCCUAUUAAGAAUAAAGUUAGUAUGAAUAUUUGUGUUCAAGACAUAUGAGUGUGGAUUUUUAAAACACUUAGGUUGGCAAAUACAAAUUAUCAUACACAACAUGAUACCUUGAAAUAUGUACUUAGUGAACUGGCUAAAUUGAGUUAAUGAGCAUGUAUUACUUCAUAAGUCAUAUUUUUUUGUGGUGAGAACACUUAAAAACUUAUUCUUCUAAUUGUUUCAAA